GGAAGAGGACAGGAGUUUCCCAGCCUCUGAGGGCCUAACUUGUGCUUCAAUCAUUUGCUCCUUUGAAGUGUUUUCAGACGGGAUCAAUCUCAGCAUUAAGCAGAAAGAGGCAAGAAUAGCAACUUCUAAAACUUUUAUGACUGCUGUGUUUUUACUGCCAUAGGAGGAGGAGAUUGUCUACAGAAUUGUUGCCUUACAUGCCAAAAGACUUUAUACUGUAUUUACUUGGAAUAUCACCAUGUAUCUAUGCUGGGAAUGAGAAAUAUUUGCUACCCUGUCAUAGGCAGAAAAAUGUACUGGAUUAACCCAGAUAGAGGUUGGAGUGGCGUGUGAAUAGGCCACUUACUUUGCACUCAAUUGGAACAACAGAGAAACCUGGUACUAUGAAGGCUGGAGACGCCAAGGAACAAGAAAAGAACCAGCAGAUCAAUGGGCUGCAGCAGAAGUCAGAAAUGACUCAAACUGCAUUUGAAGGGGAGAGUGAGGCAGGAAAAGCAGAGGUUGCUGAGAAAGAAACUAAAGAGGACAGAAAGUUUGCCGAAGAAACUGGGAAAGAGUUGGAUGAUGCAAAUGAAGCAGAGAAAGCAAAGGUGGCUGCUGGGAAUGAGGUGCAUGGAGAGAAGGAGGCUGGGGAAACUGACGCUGCUAGACUUGAGGCAAAGCAGAAGAAAGAAUCUACAGGAGACACUUUUGAAUCUGAAAAGGGGGAGGCAUCCAAGGCAAACCAGAAGGAGGAGAAAGUCAAAGACAGCAGCCAACCAGUAUCUGAAAGUGUAUCUGAGGCCAAAGAUGAUGUUUCUGGAAAACCAGAAGACCUACAGAGAGAGGAAGGGGAAAAGGCUGAUGUUUUGAAGAAAAAUGCCAAGGAAGAGGGUCAAAGUGGCAGCACUUCUGUUGAGCCUCUUUCACCAGAACCUGAGGAGGAAGAGGAGGAAUUCUGGCCAGAAUUCCCUCCCCGUUCUCCUGAAGCAAGUCCACAAAGCCCAACCGAGCUCAAAGGUUUGGAGACAGGUGGCAUUACUCCACCAACUACCGCUCCAGAAGCUGCUCCAGCGGAAAUCACCAGCCCUGAAGCGGCCCUGAAGGGAGAGAAAGAGGCCCCUUCUGCUGCACCAGAGGAAGCAGCUGCUACCAAAGAUAAAAAGAAGAGGCCUGCUUUUGACCGGAGAGAGAUAACCAGGCCGAGGAUGCCACCCAGGGGACAGUCCCGCAAAGCCAUUGUGGAGAAGUUUGGAGGGGCUGCAACUGGUCCUGCCCCCAAUAUCAAGAGGACUGGAGGUACAAACACUGUGAAGACCAUGUUGCUGGAAUGGUGUCGGGCCAUGACCCGUGGCUAUGAACAUGUGGACAUUCAGAACUUUUCUACCAGUUGGAAAAGUGGCAUGGCUUUUUGUGCCCUCAUUCACAAGUUCUUUCCUGAUGCCUUUGACUAUGCAAACCUUGACCCAACAAAUCGGAAAGAUAAUUUCACCCUGGCCUUCUCUACUGCUGAGAAAUAUGCAGACUGUGCUCAACUUCUGGAGGUGGAUGAUAUGGUGCACAUGAGUGUUCCUGAUAAUAAGUGCAUCUACACCUAUGUCCAAGAACUUUAUCGCAGUUUGGUGGAGAAAGGGCUAGUAAAGACGAAGAAGAAAUAGAAAUGCAAAGCAGGCUUUGGUUUGAGGCUCAUUG